CUGUCAUUCUAUGGGGUAUCCACUAAAGUCACUCUCUCCUCCUCUCAGCCCGGUGAGAGCCCUGGUGAGGAGUGGAGGAGAGAAAAGAGGGAUCUGGAGAGGAAGAUGAUGGAGCUACAGACCUCCCUACAGGAGGAGAGGAGGGUGAGUGGAGGAGAGGAGGAGAAAAAGAGGAAGGAGUGAUAAUUUGGGACGUGAUGGAAAGAGUGGAGCGAUGGUGUAUGUUUGGCACCUAGGGAGCUCUCCAGUGAGCUGUAAUGAGAGAGCUGUUUCAACAGUACACACACCAGCUGAGCCCACCGUGUGUCUGUGUUUUCUGAGAGGCGCUGCUGUUUUGGUUUUUAGUGGGAGUCUAAUCUGAAUAAGUGCCAUAAAAACCCUGUAAAUGGGCCACAGAUUAUUUAAAACAGUUUAAACUAAAACCUGUUGGGUUAAAGGUGGACACACCCACACAGCAUUCUAUCUGAUAAUGAGUCAUUAUGUGUUGGAAUCAGCCCAGAGUUGGGCUGGUAUUUAACUCUUAACACCCUAUAAUCACUUAAUCAUGGAUGUGAAUUCUACCGAGGAAACAAGCAAGCCUGUCUGACACUAUUCUAAAGAACACCCAGACCCAGAAAGAACUGUACAGAACAAGCACAGAGAGAAAAUAUGUAGAGCACACGUUUCAAUAGAGAAUCAUGCCUGUUCUACAAAACAUUUCUAAUGGUGUAAUUAAAAUACUACCUCUCUUUGUCACCUCCACACUGUCUGUCGUCUGAUGUUGUUGCUAUUUGUGGUUGUUGUCAUGUAGCCUACAGUACAGGUCUGUGUGUGCAUAGGGCUCUGUGGGCAGGUCUGAUCCUGUGUUAAAGGCAGAGCUGGAGUCAUGUCUGGAUGAGAACAUGCAGCUCCAGGAGACUCUGGACAAGAAGAAGACUGAACUACACCAGACACACUCAGAGUGAGUAACAGUGACCAGGACAAAUGACCUGGGUAGAACGAAACAGUGAGUGGAACCAGGCAGGUUGAGACUGAUUCCAGGCCGCUGGAUCAUAGCUAAAGGUCCCUGAUGGUUAUAAAGUAUGGCUUAUUGAAAGGUUCUUUGUUAGUGUUGAUGUAAAGAGCAUCAGAUCUGUUUGUAAAAUAGAUUUUAUCUCAAUGAUAAUAACCUGUAUAAAUAAAGGUUAAGUUAAUAAAUCAAGUGUCUCUGUCAGGCUGAGUCAGUUGCAUAUGGAGAGAGAGAGUGCUGAGUCCAGAGUCAGAGAGAUGGAGGACCAACUGGUUGAACUGCAGGAGGAGCUGAGGAGAGAGGAUGGCAACAAGACGGUAACACAACACACACACACACACACAUUUGGGUGGUCUUGGUCUUGAGACACAAGAUCUUUGUAAUUGUCCUGUAGGAAUGUGUUAACUGUGUGUGUUGUGUGUCUGCAGGACCUGGUGACGUGCCAAGCGUCUCUGUCUGAGGUGUCCAUGUUGAAGCAGAAGCUGGAGGAUUCUCUGAGACAGAGAGAGAGGGAGCUGACAGCCCUGAAGGGAGCUCUGAAGGACGAGGUGGCCACGCACGACAAAGAGAUUGAGACGCUCCGAGAACAGUACAGCACUGACAUGGAGAGACUGAGGAGUACCAUGGAGCAGGUGUCACAGGUACACACACACAAGGUUCAAAGUUUAUUCACCACAUCCACAGGAUACAACAGGUUUAAAACAGUACAGUGAAAUUUCCCAAGAAGAGCUCUUUCCCACACGCGCACGCUGAGGGAGCAGCAGAGCGUAAAGUGAUUGAAACCCACUGGACUUGCUUCACACAAAGGAGCAUUAUAGCAGGAACAACAAGUGAUUACACAAAGUUACGUUUGACUGUACAGACAAAGCCACAAGACAAACAGUAGGUCAGCUGAUCUCACAUUCUUACAGUGACACGUCUUACUCCUCCUCUCUCCCCUCCCGCUCUCUCCCCUCCCGCUCUCUCCUCUCCCGCUCUGCUCUCUCCCCUCCCGCUCUGCUCUCUCCCCUCCCGCUCUCUCCUCUCCCGCUCUGCUCUCUCCCCUCCCGCUCUCUCCCCACACUCUCUCCUUCUCCCCCCUCCCCCCUCGCUCUCUCUCCCCAGUCUCAGGCAGGUAUCGAGGCAGAGCGGUUGCGUGUGAAUGCAUCAGUGCGUACUCUACAACAGCAGCUGGAAGACUGCAGGGACGAGAGUGGCCACUGGAUGGAGCAGUUUCACAGUACUAGAGAUGAACUACGGACCACCAAACAGGAGUGAGUACACGCACACAGGCUCUUCACUCUCUGUGUUAAACCACUUACGGCUGUGUUAAACCACUUACGGCUGUGUUAAACCACUUACGGCUGUGUUAAACCACUUACGGCUGUGUUAAACUUUAGCCUACAAUUUCCGCAUCCCCUUGUGGAAAUCGAAUUAACAUAAUAAAAAAAUCCCAUCAAUCCGUCUGUUUAAGCUAGAGAUAUGUGUUUUUUUUGCAUGGGCUGUGUCUCAAUCCACCGCAUCCGCUGAUAUCGCUAUUCCAUCUGCGGUGAAAAGUGGCAGAGCAAGAGCGGUGUUUGUUAGACCAGGAGACAUCCCGAAAACUGGUCUUCUCACAAAAACUUCUGUAGUGUACGAACUAUUGAAAGAUGAGACGAUCACGAAAGUGAUGGUGUUUUGCUCUAGGACUCUCACAAGACUGGUCUGAAGUCAGUACAUCCUCUUCUGCCAACUUCUGUCUGAAGCGUCCGAACGGUUUGGACUCCUCUGAAGGCCCCCGGUACCAGUUUAAAAAAUGAAUGGAAAUAUAUAUGGAGAUAGUUUAGAGCCUAAAAGAAAUCUCAGAUAUAGAACAGAUACUUCAGAACAAACUUCCUUUUAGAUUUUUUUUUUUUUUACUAUCUGUUGUUCCAUGUAGUGAAUCUGUUAUUCAAUGUUUUUCUAUUGGCUAAUAACAGUAUUACGAAAAUCCAUCCAGAAUUAUUUUUGAUACCUUAAGGGGUCUUCAAAAUCAAAUAGCUAAAUAAUCCUUGGUAUGACCAUCUUAAAACAACCCCCCCCUCUCUGGUUUAGACAGGGUUUUAAUAGCUGUGGUCAAUAUCUGUGGUUAAUAGUGUAACUGUCUAUAACUGUGUAGUUUGAGUGACAUUGUAGUUAAACCAGCUUCCGUGUUUCUCUAUUUGACAGACUGUUGACUGAAGAAAUGGUGAUAUCAUAGAAUGACCUAAUUUUAACAACAACAACAACAAAAACUUUUGAUCGACUUUGAUGAACUGAUAUCAGCAAUGGAGAUUGAACUGUAGCGUCUGUGAUCAAACUAAACGAUGUCUGAUUAGUGCUUAUCAGUGACUUGAUUUAUAGAUUUUGAAAUGGAUCUUGUAGUGGUUAAAAUAUUGUGUGUUGCAGGAUACUGCAGGCUCGUCUGGAGAAAGAGGAGCUUGAGGAAGAGCUGAAUGAACUACAGGAGAGAGUCAACACCAUGAAACAGAAGAUACCAGAUCCCAGUCAUACACACACACUCAACCAGGUACACACACACACACACACACUGAUACUGACAAACACACACACUCAACAAGGUACACACUGACACUGUUCUCCACUGUCCUUUCAGGAGCUGCAGAGUUUGCGUGCCGAUCUGCAGCAGGCCCAAUCAGAGGCAGAGAAGAAAAGGGUGGAGCUCGAUAAAAAGGUAAUGGAGGUAAUCUCCCUGAAGAAGGCCAACCAGGAGCAGGAGGCGGAGCUGAAGUAUGAGAUGGACAGGCUGAGGGACCAAUCAAAUCGAGCCAAAGAGGAUCUGGCCAAGGCCCAGGAGAAAACCAAACGGGUGUGUGUUGUGUAGUACCAUCUACAGUGAGGGGAAAAAAGUAUUUGAUCCCCUGCUGAUUUUGUACGUUUGCCCACUGACAAAGAAAUGAUCAGUCUAUAAUUUUAAUGGUCGGUUUAUUUGAACAGUGAGAGACAGAAUAACAACAACAAAAUCCAGAAAAACGCAUGUCAAAAAUGUUAUAAAUUGAUUUGCAUUUUAAUCAGGGAAAUAAGUAUUUGACCCCCUCUCAAUCAGAAAGAUUUCUGGCUCCCAGGUGUCUUUUAUACAGUUAACGAGCUGAGAUUAGGAGCACACUCUUAAAGGGAGUGCUCCUAAUCUCAGUUUGUUACCUGUAUAAAAGACACCUGUCCACAGAAGCAAUCAAUCAAUCAGAUUCCAAACUCCACCAUGGCCAAGACCAAAGAGCUCUCCAAGGAUUUCAGGGACAAGAUUGUAGACCUACACAAGGCUGGAAUGGGCUACAAGACCAUCGCCAAGCAGCUUGGUGAGAAGGUGACAACAGUUGGUGCGAUUAUUCGCAAAUGGAAGAAACACAAAAUAACUGUCAAUCUCCCUCGGCCUGGGGCUCCAUGCAAGAUCUCACCUCGUGGAGUUGCAAUGAUCAUGAGAACGGUGAGGAAUCAGCCCAGAACUACACGGGAGGAUCUUGUCAAUGAUCUCAAGGCAGCUGGGACCAUAGUCACCAAGAAAACAAUUGGUAACACACUACGCCGUGAAGGACAGAAAUCCUGCAGAGCCCGCAAGGUCCCCCUGCUCAAGAAAGCACAUAUAGAUGCCCGUCUGAAGUUUGCCAAUGAACAUCUGAAUGAUUCAGAGGAGAACUGGGUGAAAGUGUUGUGGUCAGAUGAGACCAAAAUGGAGCUCUAUGGCAUCAACUCAACUCGCCGUGUUUGGAGGAGGAGGAAUGCUGCCUAUGACCCCAAGAACACCAUCCCCACAGUCAAACAUGGAGGUGGAAACAUUAUGCUUUGGGGGUGUUUUUCUGCUAAGGGGACAGGACAACUUCACCGCAUCAAAUGGACGAUGGACGGGGCCAUGUACCGUCCAAUCUUGGGUGAGAACCUCCUUCCCUCAGCCAGGGCAUUGAAAGUGGGUCGUGGAUGGGUAUUCCAGCAUGACAAUGACCCAAAACACACGGCCAAGGCAACAAAGGAGUGGCUCAAGAAGAAGCACAUUAAAGUCCUGGAGUGGCCUAGCCAGUCUCCAGACCUUAAUCCCAUAGCAAAUCUGUGGAGGGAGCUGAAGGUUCGAGUUGCCAACGUCAGGCUCGAAACCUUAAUGACUUGGAGAAGAUCUGCAAAGAGGAGUGGGACAAAAUCCCUCCUGAGAUGUGUGCAAACCUGGUGGCCAACUACAAGAAACGUCUGACCUCUGUGAUUGCCAACAAGGGUUUUGCCACCAAGUACUAAGUCAUGUUUUGCAGAGGGGUCAAAUACUUAUUUCCCUCAUUAAAAUGCAAAUCAAUUUAUAACAUUUUUGACAUGUGUUUUUCUGGAUUAUUUUGUUGUUAUUCUGUCUCUCACUGUUCAAAUAAACCUACCAUUAAAAUUAUAGACUGAUCAUGUCUUUGUCAGUGGGCAAACGUACAAAAUCAGCAGGGGAUCAAAUACUUUUUUUCCCUCACUGUAUGUAACUGGGAAAGAUGGCCACUUUCCCUCCCUUAUGUUCACCAUCUCCAUCCUUCUCUCAAUCACUCACCUCUCCUUUGUUUCUCUCCAUAGCUCCCUGACCCGUCGGUAGUGUCUGGCCUGCAGUCAGAGCUGACUGAUGCUCGUGGGGAGAGAGACAGACUGGGAGAGAAACUCUCCAGCACUGAGCAGGAGCUGCAGUCCAACACAGAGCGGCUGGCCAGAACCCAGACAGAACUAAACGCUCUCAGAGACUCACAGCAGGAGCAGGAGGAGGCUAACACACGCCUCCGAGAGAAACUCUCACGCCUGGAGGUGAGACCUACACACACAGUCUUAACUCUUUCUCACAACUCUUUCUUAGUGGGUGUUAGUUGUGUUUUACAGUAUGUAAAUGUGCGUGUACCCCCAGGCCCAGCUGGCGUCCAGUGCGUCAGAGAGUUCGGAGGCAGAGCUGUCCCUCCAGGCGGAGUUGAGGGGGCUGAGGCAGGAGCUUGACGAGGCCAGGAGAGGAGCCUCUCGGCUGGGCCAGGACCACCGGCAGCUCAGCCUGCGUCUGGAGGAGAGGGAGAAGGAGAGGGACCAGCUCACACACACCAACACACAGCUGGAGGAACAGAGGAGACAGCAGGAGCGGUCCCUGGACAAACUCAAUAAGGAGGUGGAGAGUGUCUACAUGUUCUUCUGAUGCUCUGUGUACUGCAUUGAAGUUACAAAUGUACAAUGUGCAGAUAAAAAUCUAUCUUUCUCUGUGUCGCUCUCUCUCUCUGUAUAUCUCUCUCUCUCUCUGUGUCUCUGUCGCUCUCUCUCUCUCUCUCUCUGUGUCGCUCUCUUUCUCUGUGUCGCUCUCUCUGUGACUCUCUCGUUCUGUCUCUUUCUGUCUGUCUCUUUCUCUGUCUCUCUCUUUCUCUGUCUUUCUCUUUCUCUGUGUGUCUCUCUCUCUGUGACUCUCUCGUUCUGUCUCUUUCUGUCUCUCUCUUUCUCUGUGUCUCUCUCUUUCUCUGUGUCUCUCUUUCUCUGUGUCUCUCUCUGUCUCUCUCUUUCUCUGUGUCUCUUUCUCUGUGUCUCUCUCUUUCUCUGUGUCUCUCUCUUUCUUUCUCUGUGUCUCUCUUUCUCUGUCUCUCUUUCUCUGUCUGUCUCUCUGUAUCUCUCUCUCUCUGUGUCUCUGUGUCGCUCUCUUUCUCUGUCUCUGUCUCUCUCUCUCUCUCUCUCUCUCUCUCUCUCUCUCUCUCUCUCUCUCUCUCUCUCUCUCUCUCUCUCUCUCUCUCUGUGUGUGUGUCUCGUCCUCCCUCAUUCUCUCUCCAUGUAGUUUGAGUCUCUGUCCCAGUCGUCUGGUGAGGAGGUGCAGGUUCUGAGGGCCCAGCUGGAGGAACAGAGAGAGAGAUCUCGCAGGGAGACACAGGAGGCCCAGAGGCAGGGCAACGACAGACUGGUAGAACUGGAGAGGAGCCAGACCUCCCUCAAGAGACUGGAGGAGGAGGUGAGAGGGAGGGAGGGAGGGAGGAGGAGACUGAGGAGGAGGAGGAAAGGGUCUUCAGGAGGUAAUGAUAUAGAUCAGGGGCAUUCAACUCUGACCCUACGAGGUCCAGAGCCUGCUGCUUUUCUGUUCUACCUGAUAAUGAAUACCACCCACCUGAUGUCCCAGGUCUAAAUCAGUUCCUCAUUAGAGGGGAACAAUGAAAAAACGCAGUGGAACUGGCUUCGAGGUCCAGAGUUGAGUUUGAGGGGUGUAGGUGUUUCGUCUUGUUUGACGCUGAUCCAGUGUGUGUGUGUGUCGUGCGCCAGGCGUCCCGUCAGAAGAAGGAGCUGCUCUCUGUGGUUGAGGAGAGAGACACUGCUCAGCUGGACAAGGAGCUGCUCACCAACCGCCUGCACCACCUAGAGGCUGAACUGGAGAACAGCAGGAGCAGCCUCACAGACAAGAGCAGGGAGCUCCGCAGCACAGAGGACAAGAUGAAACGACUGGAGCUGGAGCUGGAGGAGGAGAAGGGAUCUGUGGAGCUACUCACUGACAGAGUCAACAGGACCAGAGACCAGGUACACACGCGCGCACACACACACACAAAAUAGAAAUGUGUGUCUAGCAGCUUUCACCGGUCUGUUGGUUGAAAGAACCAGGCCCAGGCUAGGAAAAUAAUGUAUUUAUUAACUCUCUCUCUCGUCUCCUCUCUCUCUCUCUCGUCUCCUCUCUCUCUCUCUCUCUCGCUCUCUCUUUCGUCUCCUCUCUCUGUGUGUGUGAAGAUAGAGCAGCUGCGUUCAGAGCUGAUGCAGGAGAGAUCCUCCAGACAGGACCUGGAGCUGGACAAGAAUGCCCUAGAAAGACAUGUACGUUUAGUCUGUGUCUCCACUGAAAUUGCCUUAAUGUCUAAGAGUGAUGAUUGAUUAUGCUUCAAUAUCGCUCUCUCUCUCUCUCUCUCCAGAUGAAGGAGUUGAAGACCAGAGUAUCUGAUAUGGAGGGUCAGUCUCGUUCCUCAGUAGGAGUGGCUCAGCUGGAGAGUAAAGUUCACGAGUUGGAGGAACGCCUCCACAGCGAGGAUAGGUACACAGCACACUACACAUCCCACAAUGCACCACACCCAGGUACUACAGACCCCACAAUGCACCACAGAGUCUAGAAUAUGAUAUAUAUGGUUGGUACGGUGGUUUGCCAUUAGUUAGAGAAGUGUAGCACUGCGGUACCUCACUUCAAAUUGAGAUUCACAUUAUUGAUGACAAGUGAAGCUUAUGGUAUGAUAUUAUGAACUGGUCACACAUCUGCACCCAGAAUCACCUUGUUCAUGUUUGUGCUAAAGAUUUAAAUGUGUGUGUGUGUCUGUCUUAGGGAGAAGAACUCCAUGUUGUCGUCUCAGCGUCGCCUGGAGAAGAAACUGAAGGAGCUCAACUUUACCCUGGAGGAAGAGAGACAACAACACACAGAGCAGCGAGACCAGGUAUGCAUACACACACCAGUGGAGGCUGCUGAGUGGAGGACGGCUCAUAAUAAUGGCCGGAACGGAGCAGAUGGAAUGGCAUCAAACACCUGGAAACCAUGUGUUUGAUGUAUUUGUUACCUUUCCCCUAUUCCGCUCCAGUCAUUAACAUGAGCCCAUUCUCCCCAAUUAAGGUGCCACCAACCUCCUGAGACACACACACACACACACACACACACACACACACACACACACACUCACCCUGACUGUGUCCUCUGUUGUAGCUGUCUCUGCGUGUGAAGGCUCUGAAGAGACAGGUGGAUGAGGGGGAGACAGAGGUAGAGAGGAUGGAGGGAUUGAGGAGGAAGGCCCAGAGAGAGAUGGAGGAACAGAUGGAACUAAAGGAGGCCUUACAGGGCAGAGUCACCGCGCUGGAGACUGAGCUCAAGUAAGUCUGUGUGUGUUAUUGUGUUUCCACGUCUCACACACUCUACCUGAUCCACUUAGAUGACUAAGUAUCUCCUUUCUCCUAGAUGUGGAUCUUCUUAUGGACCAGCCCAAUUAUCUCUCUUCUCCUCCACUCCUCCAGACCUCUUUCUGUUCCUCUCUUCUCCUCCACUCCCUCCAGACCUCUUUCUGUUCCUCUCUUCUCUUCCACUCCCUCCAGACCUCUUUCUGUUCCUCUAUUCUCCUCCACUCCCUCCAGACCUCUUUCUGUUCCUCUCUUCUCUUCCACUCCUCCAGACCUCUUUCUGUUCCUCUCUUCUCUUCCACUCCUCCAGACCUCUUUCUGUUCCUCUCUUCUCCCUCCAGACCUCUCUGUUCCUCUCUUCUCCCUCCAGACCUCUUUCUGUUCCUCUCUUCUCCUCAACUCCCUCCAGACCUCAUUGGUCAUGAGUUCAGUAUGCAUGACAUUUACUGGCAGCCUGUCCACUCCACACAGCCGUGUGUGUAUCAUUCUAUGGAUCACUGAGGUCCUCUCUGAGCCCUCAACAGAGAUGAUGCUAUUACACACACGUCAUUACAGAAUAAAGAAGUCUGAUUCAAACACACACACUUUGGCAGUCACACUCACCCAGGUGUGUAAAGGUGUCUCAUUUAAACCCCACUCAACAGUGCUGUGGGAACACACACACACACACACUACCAGUCAAAAGUUUGGACACACCUACUCAUUCAAGGGUUUUUCUUUAUUUGUACUAUUUUUUACAUUGUAGAAUAAUAGUGAAGACAUCAAAACUAUGAAAUAACACACAUGGAAUCAUGUAGUAAACAAAAAAGUGUUAAACAAAUCAAAGUAUAUUUUAUAUUUGAGAAUCUUCAAAUAGCCACCCUUUGCCUUGAUGACAGCUUUGCACACUCUUGGCAUUCUCUCAACCAGCUUCAUCUGGAAUGCUUUUCCAACAGUCUUGAAGGAAUUCCCACAUAUGCUGAGCACUUGUUGGCUGCUUUUCCUUCACUCUGCGGUCCGACUCAUCCCAAACCAUCUCAAUUUGGUUGAGGUCGGGGGAUUGUGGAGGCCAGGUCAUCUGAUGCAGCACUCCAUCACUCUCCUUCUUUGUAAAAUAGCCCUUACACAGCCUGGAGGUGUGUUGGGUCAUUGUCCUGUUGAAAAACAAAUGAUAGUCCCACUAAGCCCAUACCAGAUGGGAUGGCAUAUCGCUGCAGAAUGCUGUGGUAGCCAUGCUGGUUAAGUGUGCCUUGAAUUCUAAAUAAAUCACAGACAGUGUCACCAGCAAAGCACCCCCACACCAUAACACCUCCUCCAUGCUUUACGGUGGGAAAUACAAAUGCGGAGAUCAUCCGUUCACCCACACUGCGUCUCACAAAGACACGGCGGUUGGAACCCAAAAUCUCACAUUUGGACUCCAGACCAAAGGACACAUUUCCACCAGUCUAAUGUCCAUUGCUCGUGUUUCUUGGCCCAAGCAGGUCUCUUCUUAUUAUUGGUGUCCUUUAGUAGUGGUUUCUUUGCAGCAAUUCGACCAUGAAGGCCUGAUUCACACAGUCCCCUCUGAACAGUUGAUGUUGAUAUGUGUCUGUUACUUGAUAUGUGUCUGUUACUUGAACUCUGUGAAGCAUUUAUUUGGGCUGCAAUUUCUGAGGCUGGUAACUCUAAUGAACUUAUCCUCUGCAGCAGAGUUAACUCUGGGUCUUCAAUUCCUGUGGCGGUCCUCAUGAGAGCCAGUUUCAUCAUAGCGCUUAAUGGUUUUUGCGACUGCACUUGAAGAAACUUUAAAAGUUAUGGAAAUGUUCCGUAUUGACUGACCUUCAUGUCUUAAAGUAAUGAUGGACUGUUGUUUUUCUUUGCUUAUUUGAGCUGUUCUUGCCAUAAUAUGGACAAAUAGGGCUAUCUUCUGUCACAACACAGCUGAUUGGCACAAACGCAUUAAGAAGGAAAGAAAUUCCACAAAUUAACUUUUAAGAAGGCAUACCUGUUAAUUGAAAUGCAUUCCAGGUGACUACCUCAUGAAGCUGGUUGAGAGAAUGCCAAGAGUGUGCAAAGCUGUCAUCAAGACAAAGGGUGGUUAUUUGAAGAUAAAAUAUAUUUAGAUUAGUUUAAAAAAAAAUUGGUUACUACAUGUGUUAUUUCAUAGUUUUGAUGUCUUCACUAUUAUUCUACAAUGUAGAAAAUAGUAAAAUAAAGAAAAACCCUGGAAUGAGUAGGUUUGUCCAAACUUUUGACUGGUACUGCACGUGCAGGUCAGCAGUGACAGGGGGGUAGAGACUGCUCUAGUAGGCAGAGGGCUCUCUCCCUGACAGAUACUACAGGAAACUACACUGUCUACUGUAGAACUCAACUGUCUACUCCUACAUGUUUGCCGAGACCCACCUACAGCCUCUGUUCUAGUGAACAAAAGAUGAUGAAGGAAAUAUUUCUGAAGCUGAUGAUGAUGGUGUUGUGUUUCAGGAGGAAGGUGCAGCAGGCACAGCGUCAGGCCCUGGACUCGUCGGCUCUGAGCUCUGAGGAAGAAGAUGAUGAAGGCCUGUACGACACCUCCAGCAUCACCUCCAUCCUCACUGGGAGCAACCUACACACCAGCUCCUGCUAGAGGGAGGGGGGGGUAAUGGUGGUGCUAGUGGUGGUAGUAGUAGGAUAAAAAGGGGGUAUUCUGAGCACUAUAGAGAAAAGGAAAAGGAGAAGGAGGGAAGAAUGUAGGAG